AUGGCCAAGGACACCUCCUCAUCGCCGGCGAAAGCCGACCGGAAGUCGCGCGACCGCUCGUCCAAGCGGGCCGAGAAGGCCAAGGACGUCAUGGCUGCGGAUGAAAGCAAGUCCUCGCGUCGGGCGCUGCGUGAUUCCGAGGCGGUGGCCCUAGAAGCGAGGGCGUCCGAGUCCAAGAGUUCCAGCAAGAAGGACAAGAAGAAGUCCGAUGACAAGAAGAAGUCCGAUGACAAGAAGGACAAGAAGUCCGAUAAGAAGGACAAGAAGUCCGACAAGGAGAAGUCCGACGCCAAGAAGGACAAGAAGAAGUCCGAUGACAAGGAGAAGUCCCACGACAAGAAGGACAAGAAGUCCGACGCCAAGAAGGACAAGAAGGCCACGAAGGAGGAAGAGCCCAAGAAGCGCAAGCGCUCCGAUGAGGACUCCACCCCGGCCCCGGCCCCGGCCCCGGCUCCGGCCCCGGCCCCGGCCCUCGACCGGAGCAUGCUCGUCGGCAUGUCGGCCGCCGAGAAGCGCAAGCUCCUGUGGGCCAACCGCAAGCCCGCCGCCGGUGCCGCCAGCGCCGCCGCCGCCGCCAGCAGCCCCGCCACCCCCAAGAAUGCCUGGAACUCCGCGCACCUGGGCACCGGCGAGCGCACCGCCAAGUUCCUCAAACUCAUGGGCGCCGGUGAUGCGGCCGCCAAGAAGGCCGCCGAGGGGGGCGGCGGCUCGCGCCGCAGCGCCGCCCACCAGGCCGACAUUCUCCGCGACCUCGAGGACCAAUACGAAGCCGGUCGGAAGUUCACCUACUCCGGGUCAAAGUCCCUCGGCCUCGGCAACUGA